AUGGCAUCCAAUCUGCCAGCCCAGCCAAAUCUCCGGGUAACGAUUAUCGCGGCAGAUGGCCUGUACAAACGCGAUGUCUUCCGUUUCCCCGAUCCUUUCGCCGUGGCCACAGUCGGAGGCGAGCAGACCCAUACGACCUCUGUCAUCAAGAAGACCCUCAACCCCUACUGGAACGAACCCUUCGAUUUGAGAGUGAACGAGGACAGCAUUCUCGCGAUUCAGAUCUUCGACCAAAAGAAGUUCAAGAAGAAGGACCAGGGCUUCCUCGGCGUCAUCAAUGUGCGCAUUGGCGAUGUCAUCGAUCUUCAGAUGGGAGGCGAUGAAAUGCUCACUCGCGACCUCAAGAAAUCGAAUGAUAACCUGGUCGUUCAUGGUAAACUGAUCAUUAACCUAUCCACGAACUUGGCCGCUCCGCACCCAAACCAGCAAAACGGUGGCCUCCGUCCUCAACAGGCUCAAUCCUCAACAUCCAGCGGUCUUGUACCCCAGGUCGCCGCCCCAUCCACGCCUUUGUCGGGCGGGGCUAGCCAUGCCGAUGCGUCGCCCGCCGCCGCGUCAAGCUCAUCAUUGAACCCCCGCAAUUCCGCCGCUCCACCGCCUCCCAGCGGUGCUCCCCCGGGAGCGGGAGCCCCGUCUCGUGCUAACAUGAGCUCGUUCGAAGACAGUCAAGGCCGACUACCUGCGGGAUGGGAACGUCGGGAGGAUAAUUUGGGACGAACCUACUACGUCGACCACAAUACGCGCACCACAACCUGGUCUCGACCUUCAGCCAAUUACAACGAGCCCGCUCAGCGCAGUCAGCGUGAAGCCAACAUGCAGCUCGAACGUCGGGCCCACCAGAGCCGAAUGCUACCCGAAGAUCGCACCGGUGCUAGCUCACCUAACUUGCAGGAUGGCCAGCAGGCGGCUACACCACCUCCUGGUAUAACAGCCCCUGCUGCAGGUGGUACCGCCGGUGGUACUGCGCCCGGAUCCAAUGCCAAUGCCGUUUCCAUGAUGGCGACAGGAGCCACCACUGCAGGCACUGGUGAGCUUCCAGCAGGAUGGGAGCAGCGUCAUACUCCCGAAGGACGCGCUUACUUCGUGGACCACAACACCCGGACAACGACCUGGGUCGAUCCUCGGAGACAGCAGUACAUCCGCAUGUACGGCCAGAACCAACAGCAGGGUGGAAACAAUACCACUAUUCAGCAACAGCCCGUGUCGCAACUUGGACCGUUGCCAAGUGGAUGGGAAAUGCGUCUUACCAAUACUGCUCGUGUGUACUUCGUGGACCACAACACCAAGACAACUACUUGGGAUGAUCCUCGUUUGCCUUCAUCAUUGGAUCAGGGUGUACCGCAGUACAAGCGUGACUUCCGUCGCAAGUUGAUCUACUUCCGAUCCCAACCCGCUCUGCGGAUCAUGUCUGGCCAGUGCCAUGUCAAGGUCCGCCGUAAUAAUAUCUUUGAGGAUUCGUAUGCCGAGAUCAUGCGACAGAGUGCUUCUGAUCUGAAGAAGCGCUUGAUGAUUAAGUUCGACGGUGAAGACGGCCUGGACUACGGUGGUCUUUCUCGUGAAUUCUUCUUCCUCCUCUCUCACGAAAUGUUCAACCCCUUCUACUGUCUCUUCGAAUACUCCGCCCACGAUAAUUAUACCCUGCAGAUUAAUCCCCACUCUGGGGUCAACCCUGAGCAUCUCAACUACUUCAAGUUCAUUGGCCGCGUGGUCGGCCUCGCUAUCUUCCACCGUCGCUUCCUGGAUUCGUUCUUCAUUGGAGCCUUUUACAAGAUGAUGUUGAGGAAGAAGGUCUCUCUCCAAGAUAUGGAGGGUGUCGAUGAAGACCUGCAUCGAAACCUAGCGUGGACUUUGGAUAAUGACAUUGAAGGAAUUGUGGAGCUUACUUUCUCCGUUGAUGAUGAGAAGUUUGGUGAGCGUAGCACAGUUGAUUUGAUACCCGGUGGCCGGGACAUCCCUGUCACCAACGAGAACAAGCCACAGUACAUUGAAUUGGUUACGGAAUGGAAGAUUGUCAAGCGGGUCGAGGAGCAGUUCAACGCAUUCAUGUCCGGCUUCAACGAGCUGAUCCCCGCGGAUCUGGUGAAUGUCUUCGACGAGCGGGAACUCGAGCUGCUCAUCGGUGGUAUCGCCGACAUCGACGUCGAUGACUGGAAGAAGCACACCGACUACCGCGGCUACCAGGAGCAAGACGAAGUCGUCCAGAACUUCUGGAAGAUCGUCCGCACUUGGGACGCCGAACAGAAGUCCCGUCUCCUCCAGUUCACCACCGGUACCUCCCGUAUCCCCGUCAACGGAUUCAAGGACCUUCAAGGAUCCGACGGACCCCGACGCUUCACGAUCGAAAAAUCCGGCGACCCCAACGCCCUUCCCAAGUCCCACACUUGCUUCAACCGCCUCGACCUGCCCCCUUACAAGACCCACGACGCCCUGGAGCACAAGAUGACCAUCGCAGUGGAGGAAACGCUUGGAUUCGGGCAGGAAUAG